UCCGCUGCAGUGACUCGCUCGGGCGUGGUGGAUCCCGCAGUGGCUCCCCCGGAGAUCCGCCCGCAGCUGAAGCAACCCCGGGAGCAGCCUCCGCAGCAAGACCAACUGCGUUAAGCCGCUUUCUUAGCAACUUCUGAAAAUGUUCCUUGUCAAAAACUUCCUUGGAGGUGGAGGCGGUGGAGGCGGUGGCGGUGGCAAUAUCAACAUCGGCAAUGUCAUUGGAGGAUUUUUAAGCGGUGGAGGGGGUGGCGGAGGCGGCGGCGGCGGAGGCGGCGGGGGCGGAGCCAUGGGAAUCCUGGGAGGCGUCAUUAGCGCCAUCAGUGAAGCAGCAGCUCAGUAUAACCCAGAUCCUCCGCCGCCUCGCAGCCACUUCUCCAACAUCGAAGCCAAUGAGAGCGACGAGGUGCGGCAGUUCCGAAGGCUGUUCACGCAGCUGGCAGGAGACGACAUGGAGGUCAGCGCCACGGAGCUGAUGAACAUCCUCAACAAGGUGGUUACCAGACAUCCGGACUUGAAGACUGACGGAUUUGGCAUUGACACAUGUCGCAGCAUGGUGGCUGUCAUGGACAGUGACACCACUGGGAAGCUCGGAUUUGAGGAGUUCAAGUACCUCUGGAGCAAUGUCAAAAAGUGGCAGUGCAUCUACAAGCAGUACGAUACUGACCGGUCCGGGACCAUUGGCAGCAGUGAACUCCCAGGAGCCUUUGAGGCUGCAGGCUUUAAGCUCAACGAGCAGCUCUACAGCAUGAUCGUGCGCAGAUAUUCGGACGAGAGCGGGAACAUGGAUUUUGACAAUUUCAUCAGCUGCCUGGUGCGCCUGGACGCCAUGUUUCGUGCCUUCAAAUCUCUGGACAGAGACGGCAGCGGACAGAUCCGUGUGACCUUGAAGGAGUGGUUGCAACUCACCAUGUACUCCUAAGGACCAGCCUUCCACUGAGACCACACCUCCGUCUGACACCGCCGGGCCUGUUCUGGAACGUUUUAAAAGUUCUGUGCUACACUCGAUUCGCAGCCCUCCCUUCGAUGCGGGACGGCCUGAGGAACCCUUCUCUCCCCCUCGCCCUUUUUAUUAUUAUUAUUUUUAUUUUUGGCUUUCACUUCUGACCUUUUUUUUCCUAAAGCGAAAAAGAACCCUUUUACUAUUAUCUUGUCUUGCAUUGUUUAAUCACCGUUAGAAAAUUAACUGCUGGUAUUUAGUUUAACCACUCUGGUUCAUUUACUAACUUUACCUAGGUGUGGAUGGGCAUCUUCUUAAAGAGGCUCCAGGCUUGCUUUUCCCAGCUGGCUCAACUUCUAACGAUACCAGGCAGAUCCUCUGAUUUUUGCAAGCUUCACUGCGGGGCGGUGGUCUCCGUUUCGGAUGAAGAGCUGUUUAAGAAGCCCCCGCGAAAUGAAACCCUGGCGAAGUUGCAGCGCCUUCUUUACUUUGGGGACCUGUGUGGGGUGGCUGCAAAAUCACGCUGUGCGUUGUAUAUGCUCAUGUUCUCUCCUCUGAGGACGGCGCAUUGCGACCGGUGUUCUCCCCCCACUAAUCCCUGACAAUCCACACUGUUUGAGGGGGGGGGCUGUGGCCAGGGCCGUUGAGAUGGGAAUAAGAUUAGUCUGUUGUGAAAGCAGCAGCACGUACACUCCCUACGAGAGAAAUGCCACUCCUUUUUAAAAACUGGGGGACCGAAGCCUUUUAUCACUCUGCAUGGAUGUUAAUUUCAGAAGCAAUAGGUGAAGGACUGGAAAACUCCACCAGAAGCUAUUUAAAUAAUGCUUGUUAUAGAGGCUUGUACUUUUAUUUCUUAAGAUCCAGAGGCUGCUGGUAUAGUCCUGGCCAAGGGCAAUUGUAUGACGUUGGCUUUCUUUAACAACAGCCAAAGCCAAUAAGCUGAAGUACUAGUUCUUCGGCACUUCAAGAAGAAAAACCACAACCCUUAUUGCAAAUUGUAUGAAUGUUCACGUGCGAUGCAGACACCCCAAACGCCGUAUCUGCAUUGCGUGCAAUUUCUAUGCAUGUGUUUUGAAGGAAUAAAGUGUAGCAGCAAUACAGCUGGUUCUAUA